AAAGGACACAAGGAAGUUGUUGUCAGUAGUACUAGGAUCUGGACUGGUUUGGUCACACGAAAUGUGUUUUCACUGUUUCCCCUUUAAGUCCUUAAGCUUCUAAAAUCAACUCUGGAGGAGGCCGUCGCCCUUUUGGAGCUGUAUUUGGUCGUGAUGGUUAUUUCAUUUUCGUGGGCCAUUUAUUUCAUAUUCGUGUCGAAGCCUCUGUUUGGGAAAGCGUAGCUAACCCAGCGUUAGCCAUGGGUCGAUGACAGAAACUGCACCCCAGGAGUUUUGUCGGUGCCGUUUCAAUAAGCCAAUUUAAGAUGGAUUUCUCCAAGUUUCUGGACGAUGAUUUUGACGUGAAGGACUGGGUGAACGGGGCUUUCAAAGUGGUGUCGAAGGAAGCUCCGGGGAAGGCGGACACGCACGCAGCAACCCUGGUGAUGAAGCUGCAGCUGUUCAUCCAGGAGGUCAACAAUGCCAUCGAGGAGAGCAGUAAUCAAGCCCUUCAAAAUAUGCCGCGAGUCUUGCGAGAUGUGGAGGCUUUGAAACAAGAAGCUUUCUUCCUGAAAGAGCAAAUGGUCCUGGUGAAAGAAGACAUCAAGAAGUUUGAACAGGACACGGUGCAGUCCAUGCAGGUGCUGGUGGAAAUAGAUAAGGUGAAGAGUCGAAUGCAGCUGGCAGCUGAGGCACUGCAGGAGGCAGACAAAUGGAGCACGCUCAGUGCUGACAUCGAGGAGACCUUCAAAACGCAGGACUUUGCACUUAUUUCCUCCAAGUUGACAAGCAUGCAAAACAGCCUAGCCAUGCUGGUGGACACUCCAGACUAUUCUGAGAAGUGUGUCCACCUCGAAGCUUUGAAGAACAGACUAGAGGCCAUGGCUAGCCCGCAGAUCGUAGCUACUUUUAAUUCAAUGUCAAUAGAGCAAGCCAAGCUGUUUGUUAAAGUCUUCACAGAGAUUGAUAGAAUGCCUCAACUUCUGGCGUACUACUACAAGUGCCACAAGGGUCAGUUGGUGAGCGUUUGGCAGGAUCUGUCCCAGAGCGAGCUCAGUCUGAAUCAACAGCUGUCUGAGUUUUACGAAACCUUGCUCUCCACGUGGCACGUUCAGCUCCAGUGGUGCACGCAGGUGUUCAGAAACCCUUAUGAAGUGGUGACAGUGCUGCUGAUCCAAACUCUGGGUGCCAUGGUGCCGUCCAUCUCCGUCUGCCUGAGCACAGCCAUUGAGCGAGCGCCCCAAGAGCAACGCCUGGAAGCUCUGCUGGAGCUUCAUCACACCACGUCCACAUGUGGACACCAUCUGGAAGCCGCCAUGCUGCCACACCUCGCUGAGAAUAACCUCUUGAAGGUAAAUGAGCUGGUGUGUGCUAUGUAUGACCCUUACAAGGCGUAUCAACUGCAGUAUGGGGAGCUGGAGGAGGCUCACCUGCUUAUUCAGAUGAGCGCUGUUCCUCUGGAACACGGGGAGGUACUAGAUUGCGUGGAAGAGUUGAACCACUCUGUAGGGAAGUUGUUUGGUCUGGCGAGUGCAGCGGUGGACCGCUGUGUCACACUGACUGAUGGACUUGGUGUGUGUGGCCUCCUGAAAGCUCUCAAAGCCCUCUUCACAAAGUAUGUGUCGGAUUUUUCCACAACGCUACAGUCCGUCAGGAAAAAGUGUAAACUCGAGGACGCGCCAAGUUCAGCCGCUUUCCAGGAGGACUGGACAGCUUUCCAGAACUCAGUCAGGAUCAUUGCCACAUGUGGAGAGUUGUUAAGGCAAUGCGGGGCCUUUGAGCAGCAGCUAUCCAACAAGAUUUUGAGCACGGCAGGUAAAUAUUUGUCCGAGUCAUACAGCCCACGCAGCUUGACAGGCAUCCAGGAGGCCAGCUCCACGGAGAGGAGGAACGCCACGAAAAACCCCUGGCAGGAGUACAACUACCUCCAGAGAGGAAAUGUGGCAGAAUACAACAAUUUGAUGGAAGUCCUCUACUCUUUAAAGGAGAAAGGCACGGGUAACUCCAACCUGUUAGCUGAGCCCAGAACAGCUCUGACCAGACUCAAUCAGCAGGCCAACCAGCUGGCCUUCGACUCUGUCUUCCUGCAGAUCAAACACCAGCUCGGCCUCGUGUCCAAGAUGGAGAUUCAAGAGGCUUCUGGCAUUGGAGAGAACUUCACCGAGGACUUGCCUACCUUCAGUUUGUCCCCACAAGAAUACAUUACUAAUAUAGGGCAGUACCUGAUGUCUUUGCCUCUUCACCUGGAGCCCUUUGUGACACAAGAGGAUCCAGCUCUAGAGAUGGCCUUACAUGCUGGAAAACUGCCUUUCCCUCCAGAGCAAGGUGAUGACCUUCCCGAGUUAGACAACACAGCAGACUACUGGUUGGGCUCCAUCGCCCGGGCAACCAUGCAGACCUACUGUGAUGCCAUUUUGCUUAUUCCACAACUUACCCCUCAUUCCACUAAACAGCUGGCCACAGAUAUUGAUUACCUGAGCAACGUGAUGGAUGCUCUGGGGUUGCAGCCGUCACGUACCCUGCAACACAUUGUCACUUUGUUGAGGGCCAAACCAGCAGACUACAGGCAGACGACCAAGCUUCUGCCUCGUCGGCUUUCCUCCACCAUCGCUGCACUCCGGGGCAUCGACUACUAACAACAAAAAAAUCCCCCUUAGUAAACAAGAAGAUAAAGGAGAUCUGAACAGAUGCUAAACCAUUCUGUGGAUGAGGCGUGUGAGAAUAUAUGAGUGUGAUUGUUAUUUGGGUGCGAGCUCUUAUUUUUCCUCUGAUUCAAGUAGAUCUGAAAUAAAUCUUCACCAGUGAUGAUGCCUUUGGACUCAAACAGAAGCUAAAAAUAUCUGAUGAUUUUCGGUUCCGCAUUUAUAAAGGGGUUGGAGUGUUAAAGCCUUUUUAAAAUGGUUUGAAAGGUGUGUUUGAUUAUAUGAAUGCAAUAAAAAAUAAACCAAAUUCAGGCAAUUAAAUUAUUUAGAGGUGAUAUUUCUUAUCUAAGCUGUUUUUUUUGUUUAUUUGAAUUUAAUUUUCAUUUAGUUUCUGUGGUUAAAAAAAAGGGAAAAUGAUCUUUUUAGCAAACUUUAUCUUCUCAUUUAAGACAUUCUUUGUUAUUAGGUUGUAUAUAAGACACUGAUAUGAAUGGGAUAAUGCAACAAUUUGUCUCCUUCUUUGCUCAAAGUCUUUUAUUUUAAUAAAAAGUUGAUAAGGAUUUUGCUAUUAAAUCCAAAGGCUGUUACCAUGGAAGUGUGCGUCUUCAAUUCAGAUGUUUUUUUGGGCCUACAGAUAUUUUCAUAAUUGAGCUAAAUAAGAUUAAAAUAAAGAAAAGUUCAACUGUGUUUAAAUGUGAAAUUUUGUUAUUUUGGUUUAAAAAAAAGGAUGACAAAAAUAUUGAAAUUUAAAUUUAUUUGCAUAUUUACAAAUAAAAUACAACUUAGACAUGUUUUAAAAGUAACAUGUUUACUUUUAAACAAAUUGUGUCAGAAAGGAUGCAGAAGUCUGCGUACAGCUCAAAAAUGAUCCUCUUGUUUUUAGAAAGGUUUGUUCAAUGUGUUACUUUUUUUCUUUAAUAAAAUAAAUUUGAACUUAAAGA